AUGCUAAGUUCUCAAGAUGGUGAAAAUCUUUUUAAUGAAUUUAAAAUUAGAAAAACAAAAAACCCCACAUAUAAAAAUAUUGGACUAUUACAGUUUUUAGAAUUUUGCAAAGAAAGGGUAGAUCUUGAGGUUAAUGAUAGAAAGGUUUUACAUAAAAAAUAUUUAGUAGGUUUAGAUGCUAUGAUUAAUGAAACAACUACGCGAAAUAAAAAAUUUACAAAAAAUGAACUUAAAUCUAUUAGAGACAAACUUCCAGUAAGCAAUAAUGAUAUGAAGAAUCAAAAUUAUAAGAGUGUACAAAUAUCAUAUCAAGCAUACAGCGAUUAUAAUCUUAGUCAUGAACCACCUUCUAUAGAAUUAAAAUCUCUCAAUUAUAAACAAAAGAGAUGGGCUGAAUCUAUUCUCAUACGAUGGCAAAUUGUUCUAAAUAAGUUCUUAUUUGGCAAAUUUCAUUUACAUGGUCCAGAACAUCCGACUCAAUGCUCUUAUAAACGAAAAAAACUAUAUCAUCGUCCCCCUUUUACAGAAUGGCCAAAGAAUCUGCAAGAAGCAGUAAAUUUAUUUGAGAAGCCCGAAGAUGAACAUUUUGAUGCUAAUGAUUCUGUUCUAGAAACAGUAGUUAUUAUUCAGAAUGAUGAGGACGAGCCUAUCUAUAUUCCAAAUGAUAAGCACAAUUUAUUAUCUCCUGAUAUGACAAAUGAGUCCAAACGUCUAAAUAAGCCUCAAGGAGGAGACUACAAUAAACUUUGCAGAAUGCUUAAUGAUGCUGCAAAUAGCUUUAUUUUAUACUGGGCAAAAAAAUGUAAAAGGGUUACUAAAGAAUUAAAGAAAUUGUUUUGUGAUAUACGAUGGAUUGGGCUAUUUUCAUCUGAUGGAAAGCUUUGUUUUAUGAUAUACCAAAUAUGUGAAGAAACCAAGAUUCAUUUCAUUACAUAUCUAAAUUCUUAUCCUAUCUUAAUUCCAAUCACUAACAUGAAUCAUGAUAUGGCAAGCACAUUAGAAGUAUUUUUACAGAUUGAGGACAUUUUUCAAAUGAACUUGAAAGUAAUAGAAAAAAUUCAAAAGAUAGCAAGUCAAAUAAAUAUUAAAGAAUCUGAAAAUUAUGAAACACCUCUAGAAUAUUUAAAGAAGGUCAUUGGUAAAACACCUUCAACUCCACAUAAAUAA